AUGGUGCACUUGCCCAUCAUAACUUCCACCACUACUACAAGCACGUCGUCGUCCUCCUCCUCGAGUGUAUGCAACGACACGGAAGUGACUACGUCUCCGCCCGAAUCGACCACGCACAUCUCCCUCCGACUACGUUGGGGUGUGCAGGCGACGGAGCUCCGCAGAGUGUAUGAGAUACACGAAGAGGCGUACCCUAUCAGGUACGCCGCCUCUUACUACGAGUGGCUGCUGAACCACGACGCCUGUAUGGGCCUGGUGGCGCUGGCGACUCAGGAGAUGUACAGGAAGUGGACAGAGCGCUGGAGGGAGGCGAAGGGCAACACGACGAAGGUGGCAGCAGCACAGACGGCAUAUUCUGCGUCGACAUCGUGCGCUUCCGCAGCACCUCCGGUUCCGCCACCAGUCUCGCAGUGCAGCAUGACUGCUGAUGCUGUGCAGGAACGCACGCUAGUAGAGAGAGCCAUCGCGGAGCAGGAGCGCAUUGCUGCUCUCAAGGCGGCUGAUCGUAGUCACAAGGGUGCCAAUAAUGUGCUCAACAGCAGUGAAGGCAGCGAUGCCGCGGCACACACUGUGGUGGUAGGCUUUAUCCUUGGCCAGAUGGCCUACGCUCGUCACGACGCUGGCCACCUUCUUUCAAACCCCACUGCCUACAUCGGCUCCUUUGCAGUCGACCUGCCCUUUCAGACCUGCGGUGUGGGCAGCGUGUUGUUGGAGCGCUUCAUUACGUAUGUGACGCAGCAGCGCCCCUUGUACGCGCAGGACUACUUGCACUAUGACGAGCGGAAACUGAUUGCGCUGCUGGCGGACGCCCAGGUCAAGCAGCGCACGGCAGGGGCGGAGAAGUUGCUCGACGGAACCCCCACUUCCGCAGCGGGUGGCGUAUCCGAGGGCGGCGGCGAUGGCAGUCGACAGGAGACAAAUGCUUCAUCAGAUGCGCCGCCGCCGACUUCCUGCGCCGCGCUAUCUCAGUCAUCGAACCCCACCUCAGGCCACUCCUCCAUCUUCAAGGAUCUCCUCUCCACGUACCUGCCAGAGCUGCAUAACUGGAUGGAAGAUCGGCAAGCGCGCCUCCGACUGCGGAGUUGUGGUCUCACCGAGGACGAGAUUAACGCGCAGCGCUUGCGUGAUCGACUGGCACCCGAUGUGCUCACAGACGAGGAGGCGGACGAGGUACGCAGAAAGGCACGUCGCUUUGUUGUCCAGACUGGUGUGCGAGACGUCUGGUUGCACUGUCUGCCUGGUAAUCUCAAAGCCACCACCUUCUACGCCCACCGCGGCUUUGGGCUGCACCGCGAGCUGAAGGGGUACUACGACAUAAAUGGCGUUUCAUACGAUGCCCACCUCCUGCAUUGCGUCUGUGGAAGUGACGAGCCCAGUGCCUUGCCCACUGCAUCGGCGGAGCUCUCCUCUACGUUGGCGGCUGACACGCUGAGUGAGAUGGACCGUGUGGUGGAGGGGCUGGAGCACCGUAAGGCGCCGGAGAGGGAGGAAACGAUGAGCACAGAUGAAGCCGCUCCCUUGAUCUCUGUAACACCUGUGUCUUUGCCCCCGUUGUCAUCGUCAUUGACGGGUCUGCGCCGUCGCCGUGGCGCACCCCGAGUGCGGGAGGACGUCGGCCUGACAGCAGCCGAUUAUGCUCUCGCUGAGGCGGCCAGAGCCAUCAUACCAGACCCUACCAUCGCCACCCCUGCUGCUGCGUUAGACGUACCUGCGGGGAAGGCCACCCCGUUGACGCAGGUGUCUCUGCGAAGGGACUCAUGGCUGUCUCCUCGCACGUACCCCAUGGUGGCUGAUAUCAUUCUCUGUGCGGCGGAGAAGGGUCAGGAGGAGUGGCGACGCCUCACAGGUCCUAAAGGCUCUGAUGAUGUGGCAGGGCAGCGGCUGGGGUGGCGGGAAGCGAUGCGCGAGAUGAUGUUUUUCACCAACGCCUUGGGCCUUCUAUGCGCGGUACUGUGGCUCACCUACAACGUUCUCGUGACGGGCAAGGUGGAGUAG